AUGAAAAUUCAACUAUUAAGCGAUCUCCAUAUUGAACAUUUUGAUUCGUACGAUCUGUUUCAAAAUAAAUACAAGCAAUUAAUUGCAUGGAACCAAUUUAUGCGAGAAGGUAGCUAUUCUGAUUUCUUGAAAGAUGUUUCCGAAAAGUAUGCUCAUGUGAUCGUCGUUGCUGGAAAUCAUGAAUUUUACAACAAUGAAUAUUGGAGUUGUAAUGAACAAAUGAACAAGGUGUGCUCUCAGUUCAAUAAUGUCUACUUUUUGGAUCGAGGCAGUGUGGAGAUUACUUCCAACAGCGGAGAGAAGAUUUCGUUUUUAGGCUGUGCUUUGUGGUCUCAAGUUCCAGAUCAUGCAAAAUCCAUCGUUCAAAAUUCCAUGAAUGAUUAUCAUAUCAUCAAGAUAAAGGACAAUAACCAAAGUAACUUCCACAAUAUCACGAGAAAGCUUACCGUUGAUGAUACAAAUUGGUUUUUCAAUAGAGAUUACAAUUUUCUAAAAGAUGCCAUUGAACAAGAGAGAAACAAAAAUUCAACUCAACAACGCAAGAUAAUUGUCGUCACUCAUCAUGCACCCAUGACCACUGGAGUUUCUUCACCUUAUUAUGAACAAACUCAGAAUAGUGAAACUCGAUUGAUCAACACAGCGUUUGCCACUGAUUUACAUCAUUUAAUGGGCUCUCCAGUGGUAUUGUGGAUUUCAGGCCAUACACAUUAUUCUGCCAUUCAACAAUACAAUGGAACGCAUAUUGCUAGUAAUCAAUUGGGAUACAUUUCCUUUCAUAAUGAGGACAAUGACAAUAAUUAUCGAGAGGACUUGGUAUUUGACACCUUACAACAAUAA